GCAGAACUGAGGCGUGAGGCUCCGUAAGUGCCCCCGAGUGGCUUCAAUUUCUGUCCUUAACGAAAGAUAACAAAAGAAAUGCAGGAACGCCUGUCCUAGAAAAAAACAUGCAGAAGAAAGAGAAAGAUCCAUGCCGUAAACAUGAGACGGCAGUGCCAAAACUUCCAGUCCCGCCACUGCAGCAGACCUUACGCAUGUACCUACAGUGCAUGAAACACUUGGUUCCGGAGGAGCAGUUUAGAAAGACCAAGGGCAUUGUGGAGCAGUUUGGAGUUGCAGGAGGUCUGGGGGAAUCUCUGCAGCAAAUCCUCGAGGAAAGGAGGGAGAAGACAGCGAACUGGGUGUUCAGCUACUGGCUGGAUGACAUGUACCUCAACAACCGCCUGCCUCUUCCAGUCAACUCCAGCCCAGCAAUUAUCUUUGCUCGUCAGAAUUUCAAGGAUGUAAAUGACCAGCUGAGGUUUGCCGCCAGUCUCAUUUCAGCAGUGCAAGACUAUAAAGCUUUACUGGACACCCAUGCUUUACCUGUUGAUUUUGCUCAUGGACAGCUGUCCGGUCACCCCCUCUGUAUGAAGCAGUACUAUGGACUCUUUUCUUCCUAUCGUCUUCCAGGACACACCAAAGAUACCCUCGUGGCCCAGAAAAGCAGCGUAAUGCCAGAACCAGAGCACAUUAUUGUUGCUUGUAACAAUCAGUUUUUUGUUUUGGAUGUUGUCAUUAAUUUCCGUCGUCUCAGUGAGGGAGAUCUUUUCACUCAGUUACGAAAGAUAGCCAAAAUGGCAGAGAGCGAAGAGGAACUGCUGCCUCCCAUUGGCCUGCUGACAACAGACGGAAGGACAGAGUGGGCAGAGGCCAGGACGAUCCUUAUGAAAGACUCUACCAACCGCGACUCCCUCGACAUGAUGGAGCGGAGCGUGUGCCUGGUGUGCCUGGACGGCCCCGGCGGGGCGGAACCCAGCGACACCACCAUGGCUUUGCAGCUGCUGCACGGCGGGGGCUGCCGCAGCAACGGGGCCAACCGCUGGUACGACAAACCCAUGCAGUUUGUGGUGGGAAGAGAUGGAGUCUGCGGAGCGGUGUGUGAACACUCCCCUUUCGACGGCGUCGUGCUGGUGCAGUGCACUGAGCGCCUGCUGGAGCACACGAAAGAAAGCUCCAAGAAAUUAGUCCGAGCUGAUUCCGUGAGCGAGCUUCCUGCUCCCCGAAGACUAAGAUGGAAAUGUUCCCCCGAAAUUCAGGCACACUUGGCAUCAGCAGCAGAAAAACUCGAAAGGAUAGUGGAAAAUCUGGACUUUAUCGCCUACAAGUUUGAGAGCUACGGGAAGGAGUUUAUUAAGAAACAGAAGUUCAGCCCCGAUGCCUACAUUCAAGUGGCGCUCCAGCUGGCCUUUUACAGACGCCACAGGAGACUUGUCCCUACCUACGAAAGUGCUUCCAUACGCCGAUUUGAUGAGGGCAGAGUCGACAAUAUUAGGUCUGCUACCUCGGAAGCAUUUGCUUUUGUAAAAGCAAUGACUGAUGACAAGACAGCUCUAUCGGAUUCUGAGAAGAUGCAGAGAUUUAAGGAUGCAAUUGCCGCUCAGACUAAUUACACUAUUCUGGCUAUUACUGGAAUGGCGAUAGACAACCACCUGCUGGGGCUCAGAGAGGUGGCACGGGAGCACCUGAAGGAACUGCCAGAGAUAUUCACGGAUGAGACGUAUCUGACAAGCAACCGAUUCAUCCUCUCCACCAGCCAGGUUCCAACCACUAUGGAAAUGUUCUGCUGCUAUGGGCCUGUGGUGCCUAACGGCUAUGGGGCAUGCUACAACCCCCAGCCAGAGCAUGUGUUAUUCUGCAUCUCAAGCUUUAAAGACUGUAAAGAAACCUCCUCGGAUGCGUUUGUGAAAGCCGUGGAAGAAAGUCUCCUAGAAAUGAGAGAUCUGUGCAGCAAAUGCAACUCUACUCCGGCCAAGUCGAACCACGGAGCAGCCACGGAGCUGCAGAGCGACUCCAGACGCUGAGAGCCCGUGGGAAUUAUUCUCCUGAAUCCACCUCAAGAAGAAGCAGUGACAUAGUUGUUCAAAGGCAAGAUAGUACUAUAAUAUAUUCGUGUAGAACAAAAAUGCCGUUUGUUUUACAUUGCUGUCAACAUUCAACCCCUGUACGUACUAAAUCUCCCACUGCUCGCUUGAGAGUCAGCAGAAAGGGUUUGGUCUCGUGGCUGAAAUGGAGUUGGAAGUAAUAGGAGUAGGUGUCGUACUCCCAGUUCUAACCAGAAUUACCUUAUGCCAUUUUAUCACCUCAAAAAUUAAGUUCCUAUAUGCCAUGAAUUAAAUACUAAAGCACACCAGUUAAUGAAUAUUCCCUGCAAGUAGUUCUAAAAUAUUCACAUCUAUUCCUGCAAGAUUUGCAUGUAAAGAAGAAAAAAAAAAAAAAAACCACAAAAAACAAGACAUUUCCUACAUGGGAAAAGUUCAGAAUAACGUUAUAAAUAAUAGGCUGAUGCCAUUAAAUCUUGAAAAUUUGCAUGAAGAGUAUUUAAUAGCACCACGCUGUCUAGGCUGUGAGAAGAACAGAUCGUUUUUAAGAGGAGCUGUUGCGUGUUUUCACAAGCAGAGUUUAGGAAGGUUGCACUGGUGUUUGCAUGUUCCCCAAUUCAGAAAUGCUGCAGAGCUAAUUUCGCCUUUGCUCUGCCUUGCGCUGGCCUCGAGCGCAGCCCCGGUUUGAGAGCAGCGUGUUGGAGGCGAGAUCCAUCGCAGAGAACUGGGAGAAUUUGGUCUGUAAUGGAUUGACUUAAUUAUUUCUAUCAGUGAGGAGAAUCCAGCCUGACAGAGAGGCAAAGUGCAAUUCAAUCCUACUUGAGACCGUUUUUGUUUGCACAAGGAUGAGUUCAGUCCCCGGGACUAGCAGCAGAGUGUGUGCAACCACAGACAGUCAAGGAGCAAUAAAUAACGAGAACGAAGAGGCAAACCUGCAAUAUAAGGCAGUCUCCACGCUAGAGCUAUAAAUACCAGUUUAGUACUGUUACUCGCAUCCGCCCUGCAUCAUCCCACCUGGGUGGGAUUCAUAUUUUAUGGUUUUUAACGGUAGAUGGAAGGCGUCAUGGUUUGCAAUCUACAGGAAAUUCGAUCAGGAAAAUAACGUAGCAUCCGCUAAUUCCCCUGUUCCGUGAAUGUUAUCCCCAGGGGGUUCCAGGAUCUCUUUCAUUCCCUACAGAUCCUUCCAAGGACUGGUAUUUCCGUUCCUCUUCUGGAGCUGAGUCCGUUGCCUUGCUGCGGGGCGCUGAGCCGUCGCCGUGAGGACACGGCCCGCUCCUGAGCGGGGCAGGCGGCAGCGCCCAGCAGCCUGGCAGGGGACUGCUCCUCGCCCUGCGGAACGCGAGAUGUUUCUUCUUCCUCUGUAGGCUGAACAAUCCCAGACUCGCACUCUCAAGCCUAAAAGUCGGAGAAUAGAUUUAUCCCGGUGAACUAGAGUGCAGGUAUGUGUCUGCCUAAGAGCUCUCGACAGGAUUCUGUAGGUUACGUGGGUCCGUUCUCAUUUUGCUGUCCCCUCGGAGAUGCACAGAUGCAAUCCAGCUGGGUUGGGGCUGGAUCUGCUGGGGGAGGGCUGUCCACAUCCCCCGCAGGGAAGCGCAGUGGGCCCGAUGACCAACGGGAACAAGUCAGCUCUGCUGGAGCAAAUCGACUGUGACGAUUUACAGUGAUUGAGAGCUGGGCUCUUUAUUCUUUUUUUUAAAAGUUAAUGCAUUCAUUUAAAAAUAUCUAUGUUUUGUUAGUCCAUGAGCUGUGGUUCAAAUCAAAGAUGAAAUCUAUUUUUAGAUUAUAUAAAUAAUGUUGUGGCAUAAAAGCUGCCCCAAAGUUUAAAUGUAAAUAAAAAUAAUAAUUUUAAAAAAAUCAAGAAACCUGUUAG